UUCUAUGCAGCUUUCUUCAAUAUCUUCAAAACUGGCAACCCUGCUUACAAAUUUGACAACGAGCAAAAAAGAAAAAACACAACCAUAUGAUUGUGUUGUCGUUAUAGACGUCAGAGUUCUGUCAGUACAGAGCAGUUCUGUAUGAAAUGUUCAAAACGACCUAUGUAACAUUGAGAGUUUCUCUUUGUUUACUUUCUCUUUCGAUUAUUGCGAAACAUUCCUCCUUUUUUCGGUAAUUUCUCCAGAGCAGAUUAAAAGAUGAUAGCUUUAGUUAUUAUUAUCGGUAAAUAAUUGGAGAGAAGGAUUGCUAAGAGUGCCGUAAUAAUCAAAAGAGAAAGUAAACAAAGAGAAUCUCUUAUUAUUACAUAGGUCGUUUUGAACAUUUUAUACAGAGUUGCAGUUAUAAUCACACUUCUGAUCCAGCACACUUUCAUACUGUGCAGUUCGAUUUGGUGGGAACUGUGCAAUACCAGUUUUAAAUUUGACAGUAGAAUUGGUCGAAUAAAUAAAACUAAAACGGAUUGCUGGGGAUACGUUUGUUUCAGUUUCACUUACAUUAUAGACCACCCGUAUGAAUCUUGCAGCUGCUGAAUUUGCUCUAACAGUGUGGUUAUUUUAAACAUGCUCCAUUCCUCUGCGUGUGCAGUAUGCUGUGCAACACACACUCAACGACCAACAAAAUAUAAUCGCUUGCUGAGUGGGUAACUACUCAAUUUUUGGCGUUUCCAAGUAUCAUUUCAAAUUAAGUAGCUUUGUAUAAGCGUGUAACAGAGAAGAAGGAAAUCUAUUUUUGUGUAUAGUUCCGAAAUAUUUUCGAGACUUCGAACCUAAAUACCAAAAAAUUGUAGUGGCACUAUUGAAAUCGUCUAUUUUGUAUUAUCUGAGUUGACAAGUCAUUUCAUAGCAUCUUUUGUGAACAAAAAUGAAUGAUCACUCUAAACAGUCAACAGAGGUAAAAAUUGAAAAACAUGAUGAACGCUCUGGAACUGGAGGAGGAGGAGGAUCCCAAGAAGCUACUCGUCAAGAUAGUAUCGAACGUAUUCUCCAACGUAAGCAAAAGGUUUAUCAGCUUCCACGCAAUCAGAAGCUAACAAAACUGUCAAUGUACUCGGCCUGUCAAGGAACAGAUUGCCGAUGUACUGGUUGGAAAACACCCGAGGAAAAUCGUCAUAAAGAUGUGGAAGUUGAUUAUUGCCCAAAUUUCAAAGAAGAAUGUCGGAACCCGAAUUGUAAGCAUACUCUUGAAAUGCAUAUUUCACACUUGGGUGAAAUAGGUGACGAUCAAAUCAAUGAGUUACUGGGAGCAAUUGUGGACGUUGAAAACCUUUACAUGAGCAUGUUAAGGGAAACGGAUACAGACACAAAAAAAGUUUAUGCAUAUCUAUUUCGACUGUUACGGCAAUGCAUUCUUACUAGAGCACAAGCGGUAAUUCGAGGACCGUUGGGAGAUCCUCCGUUUGAACAUCCAUCGAUUUCCAAAGCGGUCACGAAUUUUGUUCUGCACAAGUACAGUCAUUUGAACCCCGGAGAAUUAGAGACUAUGACUGAAGUAGCUAAAACCUUUUUACACUGUCUCAAUCAUUGGAAUUUUGAAGCACCUAGUGCACGGAAGGAUUUGAGUCAUGAAGAUGCAUCAAAUUAUAAAAUUAAUUACACACGAUGGUUAGUUUUUUGUCAUGUGCCGGCUUUUUGCAGUUCAUUGCGUCACUUUGAAACGUCAAUCGUGUUUGGACGUACAUUACUGAAAGCAGUUUACCAAUAUGUUUAUCAACAGUUGCUUACAAAGUGUAAAACUGAGAAAGACAGGAUGCCUCCGGAGAAGCGCAAUAUGCUAGCACAAUUGCCAAAGUUUCUGGAAGCUUUGAAACACGAAGUGGUCAAUGAGGAUUCACAGAUUUGGGAUCCCAAUUUCAAACCAAAUGCUUCUUUGAUGCUGCAGAAAAGUAAACGUCAACAUGAGAUAGCUGCAUCGGGCAGUAGCAAAAAAACAACCGAUCCCAAACGAUUCAAAAAAGAUUCCGACUGUGAAGAUUUACCAGAUGAUGUGGUUGUGCGUGCUUUAAAACGUAUUAACGAUACCAAUUACACUAGUCGUGCGGAGGUCGUGUUUCCUCCAAAUGCUCCAAGAGACGAAGCAGCUAAAGCCGAAGAAAAUCGACGGGAAAUCGAGUUUCAUGUAGUUGGCAAUUCCUUGACCAAACCCGUCACCAAAGAAUCAAUGUUAUGGUUAUUAGGAUUGCACAGUGUUUUUGCUCAUCAAUUACCGGGAAUGCCACGAGAAUAUAUUAGUCAACUUGUAUUUGAUCCUAAACACAAAACUUUAGCGUUGAUAAAGGAUGGUCGUCCAAUUGGUGGAAUCUGUUUCCGUACAUUUGCAUCGCAGGGAUUCACUGAGAUCGUGUUCUGUGCCGUGACCAGCAGUGAGCAGGUGAAGGGUUAUGGAACGCAUUUGAUGAACCAUCUUAAAGAUUACAGUACUCAACGCGGUAUUAAGCACUUUUUGACAUACGCCGAUGAGUUCGCUAUAGGAUACUUCAAGAAACAGGGAUUUUCCAAGGAUAUUAAAGUAGCACGAUAUGUUUACGCAGGAUAUAUCAAAGAAUAUGAAGGAGCUACUUUGAUGCAUUGCGAGCUUCAUCCAAGCUUGAUUUACACACAGUUCAGCUCAGUAAUUCGGAAACAGAAGGAAAUUGUUAAAGAGUUAAUUUCACAACGUCAAUGUGAUGUCCAGAAAAUACAUCCUGGUUUGACGUGCUUCAAAGAAGGGCUUCGAAGCAUUCCUAUCGAAUCCAUUCCGGGAUUACGUGAGGUGGGAUGGCGGCCUCAGUUUCGCGCUCAGCGUACAUCUCGUCCGCUCGAAGAAACGGCUGACCCGGACAAGUUGGCCAACGCCCUAAACGGUGUGCUGCAAUGUGUUAGACAGCAUUCUGCAGCAUGGCCUUUUCUGAAACCAGUCAAUCCGUCAGAGGUUCCGGACUAUUACGACCACAUUAAAUAUCCAAUGGAUUUAAAAACAAUGGGCGAAAGGCUGAAGAAUAAGUAUUACGUAGCUCGAAGACUUUUCAUGGCUGACAUGGCCCGCAUUUUUACGAACUGUCGAUUGUAUAACUCUCCUGAAACUGAAUAUUAUCGUUGUGCCAACACACUAGAGCGGUACUUUCAAACCAAAAUGAAGGAGGUUGGGCUUUGGGACAAAUGAUGUUCGCCUAUUCGCUUGGAACUGGAUGAUUCAGACGAUGAUGUUGAUAGAGAUGGCGAUGGAGUUGAUAAUAUAAUGAGAGUAUCGGAAGAGAUCGCAGAAGCCGCCAAGCCAUGUUAUGGUAUGAAGAGCAAAAAAACCGUUCCAACAAUACUUAAAGAAAUGAUAACGUUAAGGGAACACAGAUCUGACCAAACAAUAACAGUUCGAGUAGCUGAUUUGGAAACUGCGUAAAAUAUUUAUUUUUUUCACAAUAUUUCAUCAGCAGGUUUUUGGAAUACAAAUUACAAUCUAAAGUGUUCGUAGACAAAACUUACGACUAACUCGAUGAUAUUAGAUAUUUCGCAGCAUUACCGAGAAUUCCAAACAAAAUAAGUACAUUCAAUUCAAAUAUUUUGCUCAUAAACAUUUUGACAUAAAUAAGGAUUUUUGUAAUAAUUCUACGAUGAUGCAAAAUUAUUUAGUAAAAAGUGUACUGCUAACAUAAUAAGCUACGAGGUAACAAAUAAUGAUACAGAAUAUUUCUCGAUAUUCUUAAAAAUACAGGGUGUUGUACAAGACCCGACCAAUAACAUUAGAAAAAAGUCAGGUUUGAACAAUGCUUGUAAAUUUAUGUUGAUGGUCGAUGAAGUGAAUAAAAACCUGUUUUAAUCCAA